CACUCUCCCAAACAGACUGCAGCCACUCAGCAAAUUCUGGCCGGCAUAUUUUCGUUCCCUCAUGAGGAUGAGAGCGUUUAGAUUCUCCAUCUCGCCGCCACAGCUGAAACACCAUCGUGGCCGCUUCUCCGCCGCAUCCACUGGCAGCUACCCUCCACUCCUCAACCACCGUUACUGGUCCGGCCUCCCCUGCUGGAGGCGCAGCCCAAUCAACAAGGACCGCUACUGGGGCCCAAAUGGUCCAAUUCAGGAGCCCAGCGAAGUACAAGUCAUCCCAGCUGAUAUUGGCUCUUGCUCUUCAUUAGCAGAAAUGGGUAGUGUUGUUAUCUCCACUGCUGAUCCUCUCGCGAAAGCUAAGCUCUCGCACUUGGCCUAUUCGAAAUGGCGCCAAGAGGGUCUGCCUGUUGGAGUUUCUGAUGCUCCUUCUAGUCCCGCUCGCCCCCCCAAACCCCAAUUGGUUUCCCCUAAGGAAAUCCCAUCCCCAAAGAAUUCCGGCUUGCCUCUAAAUGCCUACAUGCUUCAUAAUCUGGCCCACGUGGAGCUUAAUGCAAUUGAUCUAGCCUGGGAUACUGUUGUUCGGUUUUCUCCAUACACUGAGCUUCUUGGCGAAGGGUUCUUUGCUGAUUUUGCUCAUGUAGCUGAUGAUGAAAGUCGCCAUUUUACUUGGUGUUCACAGAGACUCGGGGAGCUUGGGUUCAGAUAUGGUGAUAUGCCAGCUCAUAGUUUUCUAUGGAGGGAGUGUGAGAAGUCAUCAGGCAAUGUUUCUGCCCGGCUUGCUGUCAUACCAUUGGUUCAGGAGGCUAGAGGACUGGAUGCAGGACCUCGGUUGGUCAACAAGUUGAUCGGCUUUGGAGAUCAAAGGACAUCAAACAUUGUAGCUAAGAUAGCUGAUGAAGAAGUAGCACAUGUGGCGGUUGGUGUUUACUGGUUUGUAUUUGUUUGCCAGAAAAUGGGUCGCAAGCCUGAUUCUACAUUCGGAGGCAAUUUAUUUCCCCAUUUUUCAUGUUGUGAACAAGUUCGCAAUAGCUUUCUGUUACAUAUACUGAAAGAGUAUAAAGUGGAGCUAAAAGGUCCUUUCAACUAUUCCGCUCGAGAGGAAGCUGGUAUUCCACGGGAAUGGUAUGAUAGUUCCACGUCCACAGUUAGGCAAGAAAACAAGCUUUCUGAGACUUGCAUGCAUUGUUUCUAUGGAACAAGAAAAUUCAAGUAUGGGAAAGUCUACCUAAAUGAUUGUUAUGCAGUUGAAAUGCAUUGCUAUGAGGAGGAUCUAUGUUAUAGCCAAUAUUUACAUCCAAGACUUCUGCAGCUGAUUGAGAGCAAUCAACUCAGCGAGGCUCCACAAAUGGGGGUGCAGGAGAUACCUUUGAAAGGAAUUCAGUACACAUGGGCAAAUAAUAGAGCAGGUGAGGGCUAUGUGGAAGAAGUCCAUGACAGGAUGUUUGUCUCAUACAACUGGUUGGUGAGGUUCCCUAAUGCUGAAGUCUUCAGGUGGUUCAGGAGUGCCUCAGACCAUUGUAUGUUGGUUAUAAACUCUGGGGGAGUUCAAAUCAGGCACAAAAGGAGAUUCAAUUUUGAUAAGAGAUGGAUCUAG